AUGGACAGAGAUACAUCACGCGAGCGAAGCAUUGCUGAUAUUGAUUCAAUGCAUCAUUAUGAUCCUGUUCAAUCUCCUAUUACUAAACAUCGCCGUAUAUCUGUUAUAUCAAUUAUUCAACCAGACCCAUUGAAAAUUGUAUUGCCAACAGAUGAAGUAACAUUGAAAAGACAUAUUGGUUUAUUUUCAGGAGUCUGUUUUAUUGUUGGUAUGAUAAUUGGUUCUGGUAUAUUUGUUUCUCCUAAAGGUGUUUUGCGAGAAACGCAAUCAGUCGGUCUCUGUUUGAUCAUUUGGGUUGCAUGCGGUUUGGUUUCUUUAAUUGGUAUGUUUUUACAAUAUUUUGUUAUAUGUAUUGGAUCAAUUCAUGAACGAACAGGUGAUAUAUUAGCGUAUCUUUUCAGUUGGGCAAGUAUAUUUAUUUUGAGACCAUCAUCUAAUGCAGUUCUUACUCUUACAUUUUCUCAAUACUUCUGGUCUGGCAUACUGCAAGAAUGUGAACCUCCAGCAGAAUUAAUCAAAAUGACAGCAAUUUUUGCUAUUUUAAUGUUGAUCAAUAUUAAUUCUAUUAGUGUGUCUUUAGCUAAUCGUCUUAAUAUCAUAUUUGUUAUUAGUAAAGUAUCGACUAUUUUAAUAGUAAUAAUAGCUGGUCUUAUACGUAUGGGAAAAGGAUAUACACAAAACUUGCAAAAUAGUUUUGAUGGUACGACAAAAAAUCCAUUAGGUAUUGCACUUGCAUUCUAUUCUGGUCUUUGGGCAUAUGAUGGAUGGAGUUCUCUUAAUUCAGUGACAGAAGAACUCAAAAAUCCUAAAAGAAAUCUGUGGUUAUCUAUUGUACUGGCUUUACCUGCUGUUAUAGUUCUUUAUGUUCUUACUAAUAUUUCUUAUUUUACUGUAAUGAACAAAGCAGCAUUACUUACUUCUCAAGCCGUUGCUGUAACAUGGGGUGAAGCUGUAUUAGGCCCAGUUGUGCGUGCUCUACCUAUUCUCAUUUCUGUUAGUGCAUUAGGUACUGCUAAUGCAAGUCUCUUUGGAUCUGCUCGAUGUUGUAUGGUUAGUGCUCAGUACGGAUAUUUGCCAGAAGUAUUUGCAUGCAUUCAUAUGAGAAGAUUGACUCCAAUGCCUGGUGUUGUUCUUCAGGGUGUCAUUGCAAUGAUGUUUUGUCUUCCAAGUAAUAUUGAAAAUUUGAUCAAUUUGAUUGGCUUUGCUGCAUGGAUUUUUUAUGGAUUAACAUUUGUUGCUACACUUUGCUGUAAAUUUACCAAGAAGAAUGCAGAACGAGUUCCUAUUCCAUUAAUUAUCAUUAUUGUUCUUAUCUCGAUUUAUUUGGUUGUUGCACCUGUAAUUACAUCACCAAGCAUUGAAUUUCUUUUUGCAACAGCUUUGAUUCUAUUUGGUUUAGUUUUCUAUUAUCCAUUUGUCUAUCGUAAAAUAGAACUCAAGAUAAUAAAAAUAAUCAAUACAUUUUUAAUGUCACUCUUUCAGUUAAAAAAAGCACAAGUGCACAUUUAA